AGGGCCGCUUAUCUCCGGCGUAGUCUUCGCCUUCUCCAUCUCUUCACAGAGGUCCGAUGAAAAUCUGAUAUAGGGAGGCCUUGACGUGAUUAACCAAUAUACGAGCAGCAUAUCUUAGAUCGGAAGUGUUUGAAUCACAUCAGGUUCUUAUAGUUGAAAGAGCUGCAAGAUGAUCAACUCUUUGUGCCAAAACCGUCCCUCUUACUUCCACGACUAUGAGAAGCUUAUUAGGAUCUCUGGAAGAUGGGAGGCUGCGUCUCCAUAGCAGUAUCCUGUGACGAAGCUGUUAAAGGCCUUACAAGUUGCCUUAGCGGGGAAAAGAAUCCCUUCCGCAACCUCGUUGACCAUAUAGCGACUCUAGAGGGAACUGUGAGACAGUUGGAGGCAAGAGGAGAUGAUUUGUUGAAAAGGAUAAAAGUGGAAGAAGAUAAAGGUCUAAGACGAUUUUCUGAAGUCGAAGAAUGGCUUUCGGAGGUCCGAAUCACUGUACGUGAAGCCCAUAAUUUACUUUCGCAAAGGUAUGAUGAGAGGGAUAAAUUAUGUUGUGGCAAGUAUUGCUCUAAGAGAUGCAUUUCGAGCUAUAACUAUAGUAAUAAGAUAGCUAAGAAGGUAAUACAGGUUGAGAAGCUCAUAUCUAGAGGAGUUUUCGAUGAAGUUGCUCAAAGAGGUAGUAUACCAAAGGUGGAGGAGAGGAUCUUCCACCAGAAGAUAGUUGGUCAAGAGGCAAUUGUUGAAUCAACAUGGAAAAUUUUAGAGGAGGGGGGAGUUGGACUUUUGGGCGUAUAUGGUAUGGGGGGCGUAGGGAAGACCACCUUCCUCUCUCAAAUCAACAACAAAUUCCUCACAGAAAACAAUGACUUCGACGUUGUUAUAUGGGUUGUAGUGUCUAGAAACCCAACUGUUAAGAGGAUCCAAGAAGACAUUGGGAAAAGACUAGAGCUCUACGAAGAAUGCUGGGAGAAGAAAACAGAGAAUGAGAUAGCAUCUGUCAUUAAAAGGUCUCUAGAGAACAAGAAAUAUGUGCUACUGUUGGAUGAUAUGUGGGCGAAGGUGGAUUUAGCAAGCAUUGGAAUACCUGAUCCGAAAAGAAAUGGAAGUAAAAUUGCAUUCACCACCCGUUCUAAUGAAGUUUGUGGGAGCAUGGGGGUAGAUGAGGAAAUAGAAGUAAAAUUUUUGAUGUGGGAUGAUGCAUGGGACUUGUUCACUAGGAAUAUGAAAGAAACGUUAGAAAGCCAUGUAGAUAUUCCCGUAAUUGCACAGUUGAUUGCAAGAAAGUGCCACGGCUUGCCACUUGCCCUCAGUGUCAUUGGCGAGACCAUGGCUCGCAAGAAUUCGAUCGAAGAGUGGCAUGCUGCACUUGGUGUUUUGUCUUCCUCUGCUGCUAAGUUCUCACGUAUAGAAGAUGAAAUUCUUUCCUUACUGAAGUUUAGCUACGAUGACUUGAAGUGCGAGAAGACCAAGUCGUGCUUCUUAUUUUGCGCCUUGUUUCCUGAAGAUUAUGAAAUAGGAAAAGAUGACUUAAUAGAGCAUUGGGUAAGUCAGGGGUUUAUACUUGGUUGUAAAGGUAUAAACUAUCCGGGUUAUGCAAUUUUGGGCACUCUCAGUCGUGCAUAUUUACUCAAGGAGAGUGAAUCCAAUGAACACGUGCAGAUGCAUGAUGUGGUUCGCGACAUGGCUUUGUGGAUAUCAUCAGGAUGUGGUGAACAGAAACAAGAAAAUGGUGUUUUUGUGAAUGCCAAAGCUCAUCUAAGAGAGAUUCCAAAGAUUGAGAACCGGGAAGCUGUGAGGAGGAUGUCCUUGAUUUACAAUCAGAUUGAGGAGGCAUGCGAGAGUCUCAAUUGUCCCGAACUCGAAACCUUACUCCUUCGAGAUAACAGAUUGAAAAAUAUCUCAAGUGAUUUUUUCUCUCAUGUCCCUGUCCUCGCGAUUUUAGAUCUUUCUUUGAAUCCAAACCUUAUAGAGUUGCCUAACCUUUCAAACCUGGUCCAUUUACGGCAUCUAAAUCUGUCGUGCACAGGGAUAACGAUUCUUCCAGAUGGUUUACGUGCAAUGAGAGAGCUGUUAUACUUGAACUUGGAGCAUACUUACAUGCUGAACGAUAUCUCUGAAAUAAUUUAUUGUCUGAAUUUGCAAGUUCUGAGAUUGUAUGCUUCUGGUGUAAAUAUAAGUGAGGACAUAGUGGGGCUGAUACGAUGCAUGAAGAACUUAUAUCUGUUAACUAUAACCUUGAGAAAUUCCUCUGCUUUGCAAAGUUUUCUUCAAGAUACUGAGACCAUCUUCUACAACCAAGUUUUAAGAUUCCAAAUUCAGGCAACUCGUAACCCAUUCAGAGUACCUUUUGCCACAAUUUCGAGUAGUCGCUUCAUCGAGAUUCAAGACUCAGAUAUACAGAAGAUUGAGAUAGAAGGGGUAAUCAGCAAUGAGUCUGAGAUAGUUGGGCCGAGGGUUAAGAGUAACGUAUGCUUUAUUAACCUCCGCAAAGUGAGGUUAGAUAACUGUAUUGGUCUGAAGGACUUGACAUGGCUGGUUUUUGCUCCACAUGUAGCUACUCUAUAUGUGGUAUGGUUACCUGAUAUUAAACACAUAAUAAACAAAGCCGAGUAUGCAGUGCUGCGCCGUACUUGUGACUUAGAAGGUGUCAUUCCUUUUCGAGAACUGGAGUUUCUUACUCUCAAGAAUUUGGGUAACCUGAAGAGCAUAUAUUGGGAUCCUUUAGUGUUUGGGAAGCUGAAAGAAAUUGACGUUAAAGGCUGUCCAAAGCUAACAAGGCUUCCACUUGAUUCUAGGAGCGCCUUGAACAAAAAUGUCGUUAUAAAAGGAGAAGAAGAAUGGCUGAAAAAGCUUCGAUGGGAGGAUAGAGCGACUAAGGAGCGGUUUCUCCCAAACUAAGAAAAGGCUUUAAAGAAGGAAACCUUCAUCCUCCAAGGCUUGCGUACGUGUGACAGAUUUCCCUCUGGAUUUUAUUUGCUUUGUAUGUGUUUGAAUUGUCUUUGAAACUUCCAUUGUUCUAUAUGUAUUUCAAUCAUGUUUGUUUGCUAUAUAUUGUGCUUGAUUCCUUGGAACCUGAUUACUUGAUAGCCAAAUGCUUUGCC